AUGGAUCGAAUAUCAAUUAGUAACGUUUCAAUCGUCACACAGUUCACAAAUAGAAGCAACAUGAAGUUCGCCGUUGUCGUAGUCCUGUUCGCUUUGGCCUAUGGAGCCAACAGUUCGGUAGUGCCACUUUUGACCACUGCCCAUGGAACGGUUGUGGUUGGAGCACCCGCUGUUGCCGGCUCCGUGGCGGUUCAUGCCUCGGCUGUGCCAGCUGCUGUGCCCGUUGCCCUUGCCCCCGCUGGCCCAGUGCUCAUCCAAUCCGGUCCGGCAAUUGUUCAUGCCGCACCCGCUGUUGUCCACGCUGCCUCUCCAGUUGUUGUUGCCGCCGCUCCGGCCUCGUACGUGGCCAAGACACGCGGUGCUGUCCAUGUUGCUCCUCUGCCCGGACAUGUGCAGAGCGCUGCGUCCGUAAAUCUGGAGCCCGCACCAGGCACUUGGUAAACACUGUGAAUACUGGACAACAUCCUUUUGAUACCACCACCUGACCAGCCCUGCCUUUGACCUUGCCAUUGAUUCCUUUUGAGUUUCGCGUUAAUCUUUAAGUCAUUUCAUUAUUCUUAAUGGAUUAUUCUCACACCUCUUACUGCCAUCUAAGUCAAGCUUUGUCCCUAAUCUAGCUGUCUAGUGUACUCUCUUCCUGGUCAGCUCAAUUACUGUUCUCCCACUUUCUCCAUUCUGGUCUACUCUAUGAAUAUUAUUCCUCCUCCAACAGGAUCUGUUAACCAAAUGUUGUCACCCGGAAAUUUGUUUCAAAAUAAAAAUGUUCAAAAUACAAAAACAAAA